GGCCUUGAAGUUGGCAGCACUUGUUAAACACAGUCUAGUGCUGUGCAGAUGGGCACACAGCAGCUGUUUUUAACUUUUCCAUUAUAUCCUGAAUAAGUUAUCAAUUUAGUAUGUCCAGGAAAAAGACAAAACCUCUAACCCUGUAAACUACUCUAAUGUUGGAGAACUUAGCAUCAUGGCUGUAUCAACGAAGCGAUCCUGGAAACUUCAGGACUUUGUGGCACAUGGUGCCAAUGUCAAUUGCCUUGCGCUUGGCCAUAAAUCUGGCCGAGUGCUAGUUACUGGAGGCGAUGACAAGAAAGUGAAUCUAUGGGCUGUUGGAAAGCACAACUGUAUUAUUAGUCUCAGCGGACACACCACACCAGUAGAAUGUGUUAGAUUUGGGCACACUGAGGAACUAGUCUGCGCAGGGUCGCAGACUGGGGCACUCAAAAUUUGGGACUUAGAAGCAGUCAAAAUCGUCCGAACAUUAACUGGACAUAAAUCUUCUAUUCGUUGUAUGGACUUUCAUCCUUAUGGAGAUUUCCUUGCAUCAGGCUCUACAGAUGCAAGCAUAAAGCUCUGGGAUAUUAGACGAAAAGGUUGCAUCUUCACCUAUGGUCAUAAACUUGCUGUCAACAGCCUUAAAUUCAGCCCUGAUGGACAGUGGAUUGCCUCGGGAGGAGAGGAAGGGGUUGUCAGACUAUGGGACAUCCGUGCAGGAAAGGUGUUAAAAGAAUUUUCAGAGCAUUCAGGGGCUGUAACAUCAGUGGAAUUUCAUCCUCAUGAAUUUCUACUUGCAUCAGGAAGUGCUGGACGCUCUGUUAACUUUUGGGACCUUGAAAACUUCCAACUUGUGUCAGCAACAGAGAGAGAUGGUGGUGCAAUAAGGUGUCUUUACUUCAGUCAAGGAGGAGAAUGUCUUUUUGCCGCAUCUCAAGAAUGUUUAAGAGUUUUUGGCUGGGAACCUUCUAGACUGUAUGAUUCCUUACCUGUCGGAUGGGGUAAAGUAGCAGAUAUUGCUACAGCCCAAAACCAACUGAUUGGUGCUUCAUUCCACAUGAUGAAUGUUUCUUUAUUUGUUGUUGAUCUGAAAAAAGUUCAGCCUUUUGGUGGACCAGUCCUUUCUCCCAAUGAUGCAAUCAACUCAUCACCCUUUCGCCAUGGUCAAAGUUCUAGGAAGAGUUUUAGUAAGGAAACACAGCUCAAUAUGACAAAGCCUCCUAUGAGUGUUCGCACAAUUGAUGAAGCAGAAAGAUCUGAGACUGAUCCAGAAGAUGAAUCAUCUUCUCACAUAUUGGAUGUGAAGGACUAUGAAGCUAUUUUUCAGCCUAACAGAUCAUUGAAUCGCAGCCCCCCUCCCAUACCUUUCCCUGCUCCUGUUGAUGAUGCUUCUCAAAACUCCCCUAGUCAUUCAAAUGCAUCAUCAUUAACAAUGCAAGAAGGUAUUGGAAUGCCUCAAAUACUGCAACCACUGAUACCCGUGAAAACAGCUCGUGAAUCUCCAGAGCCUGUUGAGCAAAUGCUGAUGAGUGGGACUGGUGACUGCCUCGAUCCUAAUGAGCCUGACUACUAUCAACCACAAACUAUCCAUAUCUUGCCCCAAGAUGAUUCAUUUGGUGAUCAAAUUCCUGAGCCUCAGCCAAGGCAACGAAGACCAUCUCAACUUUCUCCCGUUCGACACAAAAGUGAUAAACACAGUCCAGUUCUCUCUGGAUCAGCACGAUCCAAAGGCAGUUCUCCUACUCCUUCUGCAGCUCACCGAAUCAGUUACAGAGAAGAGUCACAUUCCUCAUUUGAUAAUGAUUUCCCUGUAAAGCUCAGCAGCAUACGGCACAGCCCCUCUGAACCAGCUCUGAACCGGUCAAAUGCUGGACACUCUCGGUCUAGUUCUUUAAAUAGAAACAGUGCUGUAGCCAAUAGUUCAAGCACUGGUAAUAUUAAACAAAUAAGCACUAUGACUGAUAAUAAUACCUCAGCUAGUGGUUUUCAUGUAAAACAUUCCAUCACCCCAGGAUUCAACCUGGGUAAUGAUAUCCCGGUCUCCUACUUGGGAAAGAAUUCCAGCACCACCCCUUCAUCUAAAGGAGCUCUACCUAUGGUAGCACCCCGAAGCAAAGUUGUCUCAGAUGAAAACCUUCGUAGGCAAGAAACCUCCAGUGUUGAUGUUCUUGAAAGGCCAAGGCCCGAUCAUGUGGAAGACGAGUUAGAAGAUAUCAUUCCUAUGUCCAUGGAUAAGCCAUCUAACCUGGAUCUGGAAGAUUUUUUGCCGAAUCGUCUCCAGCGAUCUGUUAAUCUUUAUCAGCACCAUCAAUAUUUGGAUUUGUCUGAAGCAGAAGUCUUGUCAUCCAUUAUGCGUGGACAUGAGUCAAUGAUGACUGUAAUGAAUGGAAGACAUCGAAGUUUACAAAUUAUCUCCUCUCUAUGGCAUAAUAAGGAUCUGAAGGUGGCUGUUGAUGCGGCUUUGGAAAUGAAUGACCUUGCUAUUGUCGUUGAUCUACUGGGCAUCUUGACUCUUCGACCGUCUAUUUGGAAUCUAGACUUGUGUGUUUCAUUGCUGAAUCCUAUUUAUGAGCUCCUUCAAAGUAAAUAUGAAAUGUAUAUGACAGUUGGAUGCAAUGCCCUGCGUCUUAUUUUACGAAACUUCUCAUCACUAAUCAAAACAAAUGUUCAAGCGCCUGUUGGCACAGUUGGUGUUGACAUAUCUCGUGAAGAGAGGUACAACAAAUGUAUUAAAUGUUAUGAAAGUUUACAGUCCAUUCGAUCUUUUCUUUUAAAAAGACAAACUGUACAGGGCAAGUUGGGGCAAACAUUCCGAGAAAUAACAAUUAUGAUGCAAUCCUUGGACAAUUAAUGUGGAUGUUUUCAGAAUGUAGCUCCUGCUGAGGAGUUACACCUCCUUGAAAAUUUAACAUCCUUCCUGAUGUUGCAUUUUAGAGCUGAUUAAGUUGUCUUUUUGUCCACUUUAAAUUCUUUUCUGAGUAUGACUUUAACAAAACUAACAUAGUAACUUUUACAAUCAUAGCCAGUUGCAAUGUCUUACAUUGAUGUAAUUUCUGGCAUUCAGGGUUUUACUCAAAUUUUAGGAAAAUAGAAAGAAUUUGCUGUCUUUUGCAACAUUAAAUAAGUGUAUUUAUUUUCUGAUUUACUAAAUCAUAAGUAAUGUGAUAUAUGAUGUUGUGCCCGUACGUGAAUACACUGUUAUGUACAGACUUGUGUAAGUGUUUAAGUUACAAGAUUAAUUCCAGCUUUCAAGAAAUACUUAAGUUACAGGCUUCUACCAACCACCUUUCGUCCCUUCUCCAUUUUUUUUUUAUUUUUUUUUUGUUUUGUUUUUGGUGGUAGCAAUCACUUUUUGUGAAAGUAACUAAAGUUUCUUAAGUGAUCAGUUUGAUCAAAUUCUACUUCAACAAAUUCAAGUUUUGCAUUUGCUGAGACUUCGACAAAUUGCCUCCUAGCUGUUCGAAACCAAUGGCAAGGUGUAGCUACCUCAUUUUGUAACAAGUUCCUAUUUGUUCAGGCUAUAUUUAAUCCUGUCUAUUCCGGAUUAAUGUAAAAUUUUGUGUUAGUCUCCUCUCAACAGAACUACAUACUUUAUCUCAGAAUAUCAUCGAAAUGAAAUUUGUCACUCAUUCGACUCCUGCAGCAUAUCUGUAUUUAAAAAUAUCUACCUCCAUUAAUAGAUGGUUUUUCUGCUCAAUGUUGACCAAGCGUACUUAAAACUGAUGAGUUGUGAUGUGAUGUGCCUCUGUAAAACGAAUUAAAGCAGUCUAAAGAUUCAAAAAUUCUCAAACAACAAUAAUUUGCUCACCACAAGAAAUAUUUUUCAAUGUACUAUUUUUUGCUGUCUUUGAAAACUUAAGUUGACUGUGAUUUUUUUUCAUACAGUUACAUUCUAUAUUGAAUUCACAUGAAAAGUUUUCUUUCUUGUGUUUGCAUGUUUGUUAGUUUGCACUAUGUGCAAGUACAUGUCAAGAGUGUUGAAAUUGCUUCUUCACUUUAAAUAUUGGUAGUAAUUUCACUCCAAUACUGCAACCCUUUAAGCAGGUUUGAUAUGUACUUAACUUAGCCUUUCUUAGAUAGGUCAAGGAAAUGUCUUGUAGCAGUGUUUUUUUUUUUUUUUUUUUACUAAAUUUUAAGCUCAUUUAGGAAGAUGAACACCCCUUCAUAAUUGCCGCUUAUGUUGUUACAUUGAACUCUACUCAACUGUGGAAGUACAGCAAUAUCUUUGUCUUGGUAGAGGGCACUUGUGUUUAAUAUCAUAGAAAUUUAAAAUCAAAAUGUGUAUACCAGGUUCUGUGCCUUAUUUGGUAAAUGGUGUGUUAAUGUAAUCUACUCUAAUGGCUUUUAAGUAUUAAUUACUUGGAUUUGAGCUUUACUUAACUUAAAUUGCUUGAUAUUCCCUUGAGGGGUUACAAGACUUGUUUGUGUGGUUGUAUUAAGUCAUGCUGAUAUGACUUGAUCAUUAGAAAAAUAUCAAGGCUGUGAAUCCUAUCCCAUUGUGCUGAAUGUGAGAUACUCUUGACUUACAAUCUACAAUCAUCACUCCAGUAGUUGUGAAGAGUAAAUUCUGUUUAAUGUGCAUUUUUUCCCUUCACAUCCCUAGUGAUAAAAUGGGAUAACAGUAAUAGAUGCAGGGCAAAGAAACAGUAUUUCUGAUCUCUGUUAAUUUAUGCCUUUUUGUGAUUGGAAAUGUGACCAAUACAUAUUGGGGCUAGUCAUACCAUGUGCUGGAACUAUGUGCUGGAAUGAUGAUAAUCAAAUCUGUUUUUAACAGAAGUUCUAAUGUGAAAAUGUAUUUUUACAGUUUUAGAUAUGGACUAAAGCUUCAUCUUAAACAAACCUGUAGAAUUGAUCUGCUACUGUGUUGUACUGAUUUUGAGAACUUAUUAGUAAUUUUAUUUUAAGAGAGCACUAAUUUAUUUAGAUUUUAACAAGCUUUCUAUUAGGUACCAACUGAGGUUAGAAUUUGUCCCUUGUGUGCAGCUAGGUACCUCACAGGGUAAUGUCCUAACUUGUGAUAGCAUGCUAUUGAAGCAAAGAGCCUAACAUUUCACAUUUCAUUAGUGGAAUGGAAGAAUUUCUCUUAUCAAAAAUCAUCCUUAUGUAACCCAGCAUUUCAUGUCCGUCCGACUUUUGAUAAGUCAGAAAUUGGUAGUUACUCCAUUGACUGAUGUUUAGUAUUGAAUCAUUAACUCCCACCCUAACUUAUUCCUGCUUCAAAACAACUCACUUUGUUAAUUCUUGUUAUUGUUUGAACUCUUUGUACUUUUUUAUAUUUUUUUAACAGAAGGCUCUUAACCUUCUAUGAACAACAACAAUGAUGUUUUCGGAUGAUAGAUGUAUAGUUGACAGGUAUUUUUUCUCCUCCUCCCCCCCUUUUUUUGUUACUCCACUACAUUACACAAGCUAUGAAUAUUGUGUGCCUUAAUUAGCAACAUUUUUUGCAUUCUCGUCAAGUGUAAAUCAAUGAAUAGAAUUUUGUAGUGCCAUUACAGUGUUUUCUUUUUCUAUGAAAAAGAAGCAAAUAAAACAUUAACUUUUCUGUCUGAAGAUUUGGCCUUAAUUGUAAACUGGAUUGAGUAUUAUUUGAAACCAAACCCUUACAUUACUAUCUAGUGGAUUUUUUUUCUUAAAAUUUUCUUUGCUACUUUCAUUUUUUUGUGAAAAUUCAAGACCAAAUGUACAUGAUGUAACAAAAUUAAAAUAAAACAAAUAUUGAAGGCAAA